CAUCUCUUUCUGGCGAACUCGUCAUCACAUCAGUCUGGCAAACACAGAAGAGUUGCAUGUUUAUAUGGUUUAUUGUCACUGGAUGAAGUUCCGUCCAGUUGAACACACACGUAUUUCUGCGUACCGUUUUUAGUUGCGCGUGUCUAUAAAAACUCGUACAUUUGUCCAGUUUUUUCCCCCGUUUUUUUCUUUUUUGGGGGAGUCGCUUCAUGUCUGUUUGCCAAGAGACAACGUGUCGAGGGAAAUAUCGUCCUUCAACAGCCAAAGCAAAACUCUGAGCAACUUUAUAUCAGAUCUACAUCCCAGCCGGUUCCAGAACAGCAGUCGUAACCAUGGCGACCCGAGGCCACGCCUCCAGCUCGUUAAUGAGCAACCACACCAAGGAGCGGGUGACCAUGGCCAAGGUCACUCUGGAGAACUUCUACAGCAACCUCAUAUCCCAACACGAGGAGCGCGAAAUGAGGCAGCAGAAACUGGAGAAGGUGAUGGAUGAGGAAGGGCUGCCUGAUGAAGAGAAGCGUGUGCGGCGUUCCCAACAUGCUCGUAAAGAGACCGAGUUCCUCCGUCUGAAGAGAACCAGACUGGGUCUGGACGACUUUGAGUCUCUGAAGGUGAUUGGACGAGGAGCCUUUGGAGAGGUGCGUCUAGUUCAGAAGAAAGACACAGGUCACGUUUACGCAAUGAAGAUCCUUCGCAAAGCCGACAUGCUGCAGAAAGAGCAGGUGGGUCACAUCCGGGCGGAGCGGGACAUCUUGGUCCAGGCAGACAGUCUGUGGGUGGUGAAAAUGUUCUACAGUUUUCAGGAUAAACUGAAUCUUUACUUACUCAUGGAGUUCCUGCCUGGAGGGGACAUGAUGACGCUGCUGAUGAAGAAAGACACCCUGACGGAGGAGGAGACGCAGUUCUACGUGGCUGAGACGGUUCUGGCCAUCGACUUCAUCCAUCAGCUGGGCUUCAUACACCGAGACAUCAAACCCGACAACCUGUUACUGGACUCCAAGGGUCAUGUCAAACUGUCCGAUUUUGGCUUGUGUACGGGCCUCAAAAAAGCGCAUCGGACCGAGUUUUACCGCAACCUGAACCACAGCAAAUCAAACGACCUCACGUUUCAGCACAUGAACUCCAAGAGGAAGGCGGAGACGUGGAAGAGAAACAGGAGGCAGCUGGCCUUCUCCACUGUGGGAACGCCAGACUACAUCGCUCCCGAGGUCUUCAUGCAGACUGGAUACAACAAGCUCUGUGAUUGGUGGAGCCUGGGCGUCAUCAUGUACGAGAUGCUGAUAGGCUACCCGCCGUUCUGCUCAGAGACUCCUCAGGAGACGUAUAAGAAGGUGAUGAGCUGGAAGGAGACGCUGGUGUUUCCCCCGGAGGUGCCGAUCUCAGAGCGAGCGAAAGAGCUGAUCCUGCGCUUCUGCUGCGAGGCUGACCACCGCAUCGGCGCGGCCGGCGUCGACGACAUCAAGAGGAACGGCUUCUUCGAGGGCGUCGACUACGAUCACAUCAGGGAGAGACCCGCGGCGAUCCCGAUCGAGAUCAAGAGCAUCGACGACACGUCGAACUUCGACGAGUUCCCGGAGUCGGACAUCCUGCAGCCGCCAAGUCCGGCGGUGGCGAGCAACCAUCAUCACCCGGAGGCGGACUACAAGAACAAGGACUGGGUUUUCGUCAACUACACCUACAAGCGCUUCGAGGGUCUGACGGCCAGAGGAGCCAUCCCGUCCUACAUGAAGAGUGGGAAACGAUGAGGAUAAAACACGAAAACUCUCAUUUCUACCCAAAACACUACCAAAGAACACACUUCCAUAUCCAGUCUGUUCACUUUUGCAACGCUGGAUUUUUCAACUGCUUCAUUUACUUCAUUUUUAUUUAUACUUUUCUGCCAUCAGAACUAUUUGUGUGUAAUGUUUGGCAGAUUUAAUACCAAAAACCACUUAUAUAAAAGCUUAAUUUGUAGUUCUAAAGUGCGGUGGGUAUUUAAAGCGUUAAAUACAGAGGUUAUGCAUUGACGUCACUUUCCCGCAGGAACAGCCGGACUGAGUGGCAGAAGAGCUGCUGAGGGACUGGAUUUAACAGGAGAAACUGCGAAAACAAGAGUAAAACAAACGAUUAUCAAUUUAAACUAAAGGUUGGACUCGUCAUAGUGCUUCUAACAACUCCCCAAAGAUCCAGUGAUCAUAUUGACAUGCAACAGGAAUUGUGUUUCCUGACAUUUACAAGCCUGAUUUCGAUGCUGGGGAAAUACAGAAAGCAAAUUUGCCUGUGAACACUUUAUAUAAAUACAAUAUAGGUAUAAAUCCGGGUGUUCACUUAUAUCAAUAUAAUAUAUAUCAUCACAUCGUUCAGCCUUAAAACUUGUGUAGUUUUUAUGUCAGUGUUUAUUUAAAAACAUCCAAUUAUGCAGGUAAAUAUUUAAUCGAUAAGUUGUCAAUACAAUAUAUAAUAAUACAAUAUAUAGUGUAUGAUUUUACCCCUAAAUUGAGCAUAUUGACACAAAUAAUAAGUGUAAAUCCACCUGGAGUCGUUGUUUGUGUGAAUCGCAGCAUCCAUGAUUUUGCUUCUCUGAUCUGAAGCUUUCGGCAGUCUGUAAAAUUAUACCUCAGAUUUCUUGUCAAAUCUAGUUGUACAGUCAAUCUCGAAGCUCUUACCCGUUUUAGAUGUGUUUUGUGUGUUUUUCCGUGUCAUUAACUCUGAAAACUAAACUAAUUCAGUGUUUCUGCCACUCAGUGCGCAUAACCGCUGCCAGAGCUCCGGCCGACGUCACGCGCAUAACCCAACCGUCAUAUUGUUCCUCAGCGAAGACAAGUCACAAAUCACUCUAUAUGCAGUUUAUUUUGAACUAUAAAGACGAAUUAUGGGUGAAACCCCGUUGAUGCAGUAGGUUUAAUAUGAUAUUGAUGCCGUUUAAAGCUUUCCUGUAUUUGUAUAUGCAUUAGAUUUGACUGGUGCUGAUUUGACUGUAACAGGUACGAGCGGAGGGUCACGUGACUCACGUGUAAGCUUUACGAGCGAAUGUUUUUACUGGUGUCGGUACGAUUGAUUUAAUGUCAAUUUAACGAUAGUUUCUUUGAAAAGAAUUCCAGACUUUUUUAUAUAUAGCAUGCAGUGCUUCAUUAAAUAUUUUUAUAUUGAUAUUUAGCCUUCUUUUAGUUUAUGACAGACGUUUGACCUGUUUAUCUUCAGUAUCAGUAUCUUAAAAGUUUAUAAGUAUAGACAAUAAAAAUGUUACAUACG